AUGAUGUCUAAAAAGUUGAGUACCCUGAACCAAGACAUAUCGAGUCGACUUUUCAGCUCUAAAUUCUACCCAGAAAAUAUAAAUAUUCACAGAAUGCUUAAUGAUGAAGACUUUGAUUAUGGUGAUAAAGAACAAUAACCAAUUGUAAAGUUAAAUGGUUAAAAUUCAUCAGAAAGCUAGAAGAAUUAAACAGACAUUAUUGAUAAAAACGACUUUCAUGCAUAAAACGAUAAGAAUACUUCCGCUUAAAAUGGAACAUUCGACAAACUUGUUCCAACAAGUGAGCUAAGUAUGCAUGCUUUCGCAGUAGCAUUAGAAAGAUUUAGGAAUUACUCUGGCUUCUAUGAUGGAAAUUGGAACAUCGACUAAAUCGAAAAUCCUACUCUGAUAUUUAAUGGACUCGAACAAAGGCAAGGAAAGUCCAGAUUCAAAUUGGAAUUCAUAUCAAAUAAUGAAGAGGUUUUCAAGAAAGGCCAUGCCCAUGUAAUCGGUGCUAUCUUUUAUGGUGAUUUCAGAAAUAAAGAAGCAAUAAUAGAAUUCAACUUAACUGCUUACAAUGAUUUUAACAUUGACACUUAAUAAGGAUCUAUUAGAAUGCAAAACGUAUAGACUAGAAUAAAAAGAAGAGACGAUAUGAUGCUAACUGCUGAUUAAUUAGAAGCAAACUUUGAUCAUUACGACCCAGUAACCAAUCCUCUUUCUGGCCAAAUCGGUGACGAGGAACUUCAUGAAUAAAAUAAGCUGAGAAAGAUAAUUCUUAACCUGGAUUUAUCUGAAAAAUCAAUAUAAUCGUGCUUUGUGCAUAAAAUUCAUUUUGAACUACAACAGAAAUCUAUCGAAGAACUAGUUGAGAAAGUCUCAAACUACUCAUUUAUGAUAACAGCUGUUUGCAUGAUGCUAGUUUAUAGCAUUCUUGGGUAGAUAAAAAGAGCGAUGGAAUAUCACUAAGUUGCUGAGACACUUUCUAUACCAAUGUUAUCUUUUAGUAUCAUAUGGAACUUUAUAUACUUUUCAAUUCAUUUUGAACUUGCCUUCCAAUAAGAUGUCUACUUGAAGUAUGGUUUAGUUCUAUUAAUACUAAAUUUAGUAACCGACAAAUUUGAGAAGAAAACUGAUAUUUUUCUACAUGAAAUUUUGUAACUUUUUAUUGCAUUAACAACAAGUUUAGAUUUCUUCAUAAUAGUGUUUUACAUGGCAAAGUACUACAUCCUAAUGACGAAUUAUGCCAUCAUUCUGCUGAACUCUACUCUCUGGGUUCCAUAAAUAAUCAGAUCCUACAGAUUGAGAUCUAAGUUUGGACCGGAAAGUUACUUUGUGAAUACUCUUACAUUGUCACAUAAUUUCUUGAUUUUCUACAUGAGAGGGUGUCCCUAUAAUAUAUUUGACAAGCAGACUAAUUAUGUAUUUCUGCUGAUUGUCGCAUCAUUUUUAGCGCUUCAAGUAUACAUUGUGAAGUACUAACAACUAAGACAUCCAAGAUUCUUCGUGCCAAUUGAAUGGCGAAGAAACCCUAAUGCCUACAAUUAUUAUUUCAAGUUCAGUAAUAAGAAUUCUUAAAUUAACCAAGAUAUUGAAACUCAGGAGAUUAACUAAGUAGAGGAGUGUGUGAUAUGCAUGAAUCCUUUGAGAUAUUAAGUAAAUCAAGUCAAUGAUUAGAUGAUUACUGUCAAUGAUCCAGAGUAAACCAUGAAGAAAGCCAAGAACUAUAUGAAGACUCCUUGUAAUCAUAAAUUCCACGAGCCUUGCCUCAAGAAAUGGAUGGUCAUUAGACUAGAGUGUCCUUGCUGCAGACAAGUCAUACCUGCUAUUGAAGAUGAUUGA